AUGAAACCAUCUAAACUGCAAGAUCAUCUGAGAAGAUGCCACCCUGAUAAAACAGAGAAAGAUUUGAAAUACUUUCAAACACUCAAAGAUAAAUUUCAGAAGAGACCUACACUGGACAGAAUGUUCGCUACGAUGUCACAAAGAAAUGAUGAUGGUUUGCGGGUGUCUUACAAUAUCUCGUUACUUAUACCAAAAUCUGGAAAACCGCAUACUAUCGGAGAGAAGUUGAUUUUGCCAGCCGUUGAAGAGGUUUUAAAAACUGUUUUACACAAACCUGCAUCUGAUAUCAUUAAAAGAAUUCCCUUAAGCAACAAUACUGUUGAAAAACGUAUUGAUGAAAUGAGUUCUGAUAUUGAAAGCUUCUUAUGCAAUUAUUUGCAAACGACCCAUUUCUCUAUACAACUGGACGAGUCAACUUUACCUGAUAAUGCAGCAUUAUAA